AUGACUGAUAAUCAAUGUCCUGAAUUACAAGAUUCAGCAUGUCAAAUUCCAAAAAAUCACUUAAAUUCUCCUUCACAAACAUCAUCAUUUCAAAUAUCUUCAAGUCCUACAAUUGAUGUUAUUGAUAAUGAUCGAUUAGAUUAUCAUUCUCAAUCAAAUAAUUCUAAUAAUAGUCCAGAGAAUAUCAAUUCUAUAUCUACAACAAUAUCAACAUUAGUUAAUUCACCAAAAUCAUGUUAUCAUUGUGGUAAAGAAUUUAGUUCUCGUUUAUCACUUAAACAACAUGUAGAAGGUAAACAUAGUACUGAAGGAAAAUAUUGUUGUCCUGGCUGUUCAAAACGUUAUCGUUGGGGUGCAUCAUAUUAUUAUCAUAAAAAAUCAUGCCCAGCUGUUAGAGAACAAAGUCCAGUAUCAAGUGACAUAGUAAAUCAAUUAUCAUUAUCUGGUUCCGAAGAUAAUAAUUCUUUGUCAUCCAUAAGUUCUCCUAUUUCACCAUCUAAAAUUAAAUCAACUGAAGAAUAUAAUUUUGAAGAGAAAUAUAUCGAGGGAGUAGAAGACCAAAAAGGAGAGGAGGAUCAAAACUUGAAUGAGAAUGAGAAAAAAGAAGAACGGGAAGAUGAAUUCAAACAUGAUUCGAAUAAUUCUUUCAAACUUUGUAUUUCCCAUAAAAAAUAUUUACGAUCUUCGUCUAGAAAUAGUGAUCUCAGAAGAAAUUCUAUGAAAGAAUCAUACUCUAAUAAAAAUGAUAAUUUAAAUAAUACAUCAUCUAUCCAAUCGAAAUUUAUUAAACAUCAAAUACAAAAUAAACAAAUUUGUCAAAGUAUUAAAGAAGAUUCAUUAAUUUGUGAUAUAAAUGCAUUUCCUGUAAGUAUUAUAAUCCAUUAA